ACGCGCGACCCGGCGGCGGGGCCACCCGCGAGUCCAGCGCGGCCGCAGCCCCCCAAUGCGGCCGCGAGAAGCAGCAGGGGGGGCAGCGAUCGAAGGAGCCUUCACGUAAAUGGGUCCAGUCAUGCCUCCCAGUAAGAAGCCGGAAAGCUCAGGAAUUACUGUCUCCAGUGGACUGAGUCCGUGUUACCGGGGCAGCGGUUUGUCCAAGGCUCUUCAGGAAGACGAUGACCUUGACUUUCCUCUGCCUGAGAUCCGAUUAGAAGAGGGGGCCAUGGAAGAUGAAGAGCUGACCAACCUGAACUGGCUGCACGAGAGCAAGAACCUGCUGACGAGCUUUGGGGAGUCGGUCCUCAGGAGCGUCAGCCCCGUCCAGGACCUGGACGAUGACACCCCCCCGUCCCCUGCCCACUCGGACAUGCCCUACGAUGCCAGGCAGAACCCCAACUGCAAACCCCCCUACUCUUUCAGCUGCCUCAUAUUUAUGGCCAUUGAGGACUCCCCGACGAAGCGCCUGCCGGUCAAGGAAAUCUACAACUGGAUCUUGGAACAUUUUCCGUAUUUUGCAAAUGCACCUACUGGGUGGAAAAACUCCGUGAGACACAAUCUGUCAUUGAAUAAGUGUUUUAAGAAAGUGGACAAAGAGAGGAGUCAGAGUAUCGGGAAAGGGUCUUUGUGGUGCAUAGACCCAGAGUAUAGACAAAAUCUAAUUCAGGCUUUGAAGAAGACCCCUUACCACCCAUACUCACACGUGUUCAAUACACCUCCCACCUCUCCUCAGGCAUAUCAAAGCACAUCAGGUCCACCAAUCUGGCCAGGCAGCACCUUCUUCAAGAGAAAUGGAGCCCUUCUGCAAGAUCCUGACAUUGAUGCUGCCACUGCCAUGAUGCUUUUGAAUACUCCCCCUGAGAUACAAGCAGGUUUUCCUUCAGGAGUGAUCCAGAAUGGAGCCCGGGUUCUGAGCCGAGGGAUGUUUCCUGGAGUCCGGCCAUUGCCGAUCACUCCCAUUGGAAUGACGGCAGCCAUGAGGAAUGGCAUCACCAGUUGUCGGAUGCGGACUGAGAGCGAGCCGUCCUGUGGCUCCCCAGUGGUCAGCGGCGACCCCAAGGAGGAUCACAACUACAGCAGUGCCAAAUCCUCCAACGCCCGGAGCUCCUCCCCGGCCAGCGACUCCAUCUCCUCCUCCUCAGCCGAUGACCACUACGAGUUCGCCACCAAGGGCAACCAGGAGGGCAGUGAAGGCAGCGAGGGGAGCGUUCAGAGCCAGGAGAGCCACAGCGACAUGGAGGAGGACGACAGGAAACACAGCCAGAAGGAGGCCAAGGAUGCCCUGGGAGACAGCGGGUACGUGCCCCAGCACAGGAAGCGGCAGCACUUGGCCAAGGCGAGGAAGGUCGCCAGUGACACGCUGCCCCUCAAAAAGAGACUCACGGAAAAGCCUCCUGAGAGUGACGACGAGGAGAUGAAGGAGGCGGCGGGGUCGCUCCUGCACUUGGCGGGGAUCCGUUCCUGUUUAAAUAACAUCACCAAUCGGACGGCAAAGGGGCAGAAAGAGCAAAAGGAAACCACAAAAAAUUAAAAACAAGUCACCGAUUUGUUUUGAACUUCCGGCCAUUUGGUUUCAGCAUGUCAGGAGAUUUCUAAUGAUUUGUGGCAAUAGCAGCAAUUGAUUUUUUCUUUUUCUUUUUUGGUUUGGUUUUCUUUCUUUUCUUCUUUUUUUUUUUUUUUUUUUGUUUGUUUUUUGUUUCUUAAUUUGCCCCUUCCUUUGUUUCAGACCCUUAAGAAUUUUCUUUUUAAAGGAGAUUGAAGCCAUAGAACUCAUAUUGACACUCAGCUGUUUUACAAAAAGCUUUUCAUUCUCUGAAGACAAAACCGAAAAAGCCAAAAUGACCAUUGCUUCCGCCGGCUUGUCGGAGACGUGGCUGUACCACAGGGAUGUCACCGUGAAGGCCACGGGAGACACAUCAGCACCUAGAAGGCACGUGUGGAAAGUAGACACCGUUCAGGCCCAACCCUUAGGUUUAAAAAGUAAGGCGAGCCAUCCGAGUGGGUUCCCUGUGAAUGCACAGGAAGUGAUCAGGGACGAGGGAGAAGUCCCGCGGCCCCUAGGAGCAGGCCCAGCCUGUGGCACGAGGCAUCAGAUUGUGCCAGGAAGGGCUUUGGUCGGGGGUCAGCUACCAGUCCCCUGGGCUUCUUACCCAUGAAGCCUGGUGACGUCUUAAAAGGUGGACACUGGAUUGUUCAUAGACAUCAGGAGUCAGGGAAUCAUGGGAGGAAAAUGGGGUGAAGUUUUAGUGAUGUUACUAAUCAAUGAAUUCUGUUCUAUAUUAAAUUAAGAAAAUGUUCUAGAAGCCAUAAGCCUGAAGGUUGGCCCUGCACUCACACACAUAUGCACACACACACACACACACAUGAGAGAGAGACAAAGUGACAGAGAAAACUGAUGCAAAAAACAAGCUAUGUCUUCUUAACUGCCCAGGUGAAAAGCAAUCAAGCUCAAGAAAUUAUAAUAGCUGUUAAGAAAAGAAAUAAUGGUGCAGAUAUUUUUCUGUCCAUCAAAAGUAUUUAAUCCAAGUGGGAAAACGAAACAAAAAAAGCUACAAAACCUGCCAU